AUGACCCAAAGAUGGAGGCCUACUGCAAGGAAGUACGCAAGGUUGAGGAUUGAGGACAAGUUCCACGACCUCGAGCUCAUUCAUGUCGCACGGCGAUACAAUGAAGCGGCCGACGAGCUUGCCAAGAUUGCAUCCACUCGAGGCACUGUCCCACUAGAUGCGUUUUCAAGGGACUUACUCGAGCCGUCUGUCGACCUAGGCGUGGGGGCUAGCUCCAAAACUUCCACUCCCAAGCCAGCCGACGCGAUCGAGGCCCUGCUGAUGGUGGCAGAAGUAAUGGAGGUCGAGCAAACCCCUCAACGACCCGGUCGACCAUUCGACUGGCGCACGCCCUUCCUCGAGUACCUGAUCUGGUGUGAAUUUCUAGAAGAUCGAGCUGAGGCCCGCCGUAUCGCUCGACGGGCCAAAUCAUAA